CGGCCUUUCCGUCGUAUUCCCAGUCUUCGACAAUAACUAAGAGAAGAGCUGCUCCAGCCUUGUAUCUCUCAAAGCCGCCUCUGUGGUCGUGAAAAAUGGCUUCCGAUCCUAAGGUUCACCAUUUUGAAGAAGUGGAAAAGCACAACACGACCAAAGAUUGUUGGCUUAUUAUAUCUGGGAAGGUUUAUGAUGUAACUGCAUUCAUGGAUGAUCAUCCUGGAGGUGAUGAAGUCCUCCUAUCUGCAACAGGGAAGGAUGCAACAAAUGAUUUUGAAGACGUUGGCCACAGCGAUUCUGCUAGAGAAAUGAUGGACAAAUACUACAUUGGUGACAUUGAUGCAUCCACCGUUCCGACCAAACGGACUUACAUUCCACCCCAGCAAGCUCCUUACAAUCCUGAUAAGACCCCCGAGUUUCUGAUCAAGAUUUUACAGUUUCUCGUCCCCCUCCUGAUCUUGGGUUUAGCCUUUGCCGUCCGAAGCUUCACCAAGAAAGAGUAGAUAGUCCAUUGCUACGUACAAUGUGCCCUUUUGAAGCAGGAGUCAUUUGUCUACAUUUUGAGCUAUUAAAAGGGGCAUCUGCUUCCAGUGCUAUAGUUUAUCUGUGAUGUUUUUCAGUGUCAGAAUGGGAUGCUAGUUCAUUGAAAUUGUUUGGGCUGUCUCCGUUUGUUUUGUGAAUGAUUUAUGAACUAUUUUUGUUUCUGAUAUGAUAAGCAAGAUGGAUGUUUUCAAUCCUUGAGCA